AUUCUUCUAGGGAGCCCUGGAAGUCAGGAGCUGUAUGUUUUUAACUUGACUUCACUUACCAAGUCAGAAAAUAUCUUGUCAGCUUCGUUGCAUUAUUAUAUCGGUGAUCUGCUGGACUCUGACUGGAAUUGUUCCCAGUCCGGAGGCUGUUCUCAUCGUGGGCACAGGAAACCUGAAAUUCAAAUACAUCUUUCGGUGUGGACUUUUCCAUCUGUUGGGAACCAGACUCGGAGUCUGGGCCAUUUCUUAAUAAACAUCACCAGGUCUUAUGGCGAUGUCCUUUCCUGGCAGUGGAAAAAUAUCACUCAGGUCCUACACAAAGCAAAACAGAGCAAUGAACUUCUGCUUGGUGUCAAAAUCGAUUCAACCAGCCGUCCCCUGUGGAAAAGGGCACUAUUUCACUAUGAGCCCUACAUUCUGAUAUACGCCAAUGACUCUGCCAUUUCAGAGCCAGAGAGUGUUGUUUCUAGUUUGCAGGGGCACCACAACCCUUUGGCAAGGGUCUUCCCUAGGCCAGAAAACAACAUGAGGAGCAGCUUUGGAAAGCGGCGGCGAAAACGCUCCACCAAUGUCCUGUUGCCAUUGCAGAACAAUGAGCUUCCAGGAGCCGAGUACCAGUACAAUGAGGACGAGAGGUGGGAAGACAGAAAACCAUACAAAACUUUCCAGCCUCGUCUGGCAGAGAGGGCAAAGAGUAAGAAAAAGCAGAGGAAGAACCACCACCAGAAGAGCCAGACUCUCCAGUUUGAUGAGCAGACCUUGAAGAAGGCGAGGAGGAAGCAGUGGAACGAGCCCCGGUAUUGUGCCCGACGCUAUCUCAAAGUGGAUUUUGCUGACAUUGGCUGGAGUGAGUGGAUUAUUUCCCCGAAAUCCUUUGAUGCCUAUUACUGCUCAGGGGAAUGUCAGUUCCCAAUUCCAAAGGCCUUGAAGCCGUCCAACCAUGCCACCAUCCAGAGUAUAGUGAGAGCUGUCGGUGUUGUCCCCGGAAUUCCCGAGCCGUGUUGCGUUCCUGACAAAAUGUCUUCUCUCAGCAUCUUAUUCUUUGAUGAAAAUAAAAAUGUGGUUCUCAAGGUAUACCCCAACAUGACAGUGGAAUCCUGCGCAUGCAGAUAACGUCUCAGAAGACCCUUUAGAAGCACUAAGGUGAUCACUCGCUGUUCAUUAGUGUUCUUUUCAUGAUUUCUACUUUUUGUUUGCACUGCCAAGGCA